UCAUCUCGUCCCAAGCUUCUCUCUUUCCCUCUGCGAGAGAGGAAGAGGGUGGCAUUGGAUAACUUUUUCCGGGCAAAAAAUUUUGUGGGGUUCAUCAAAGUUUGCUCCUUUGUGCAGGAGAAGAUAAAAUUGAUCAGAAAAUAGCAUUAAUACUUAGUAAUACUUAUACUGGUUUAGGAUAAUGAUUGUGAAGGUUGGAAAUGGUGGAGGAGGAGGAAGAUGGUUACGAGGUUUUGGAAGCUUGAUUAGGAGGAAGCAAGUUGAUUCUGUCCAUGUCAGGAGACAUGCUCAAUUGGCUAGGAAGUUAUCUGCUGUUGAUCUCGUUGGAAUUGGGGUUGGAGCUACCAUAGGAGCUGGAGUGUAUAUUCUCAUUGGAACAGUUGCUAGAGAGAAUGCGGGACCAGCACUUGUGAUAUCACUUCUCAUUGCAGGAAUAGCUGCUGCACUAUCAGCUUUUUGUUAUGCAGAGCUUGCAUGUCGAUGCCCGUCUGCGGGGAGUGCUUAUCAUUAUACAUACAUAUGCAUUGGAGAAGGGGUUGCUUGGUUGGUGGGUUGGGCCUUGAUUCUAGAAUACACAAUUGGUGCUUCGGCUGUUGCUCGUGGCAUAACCCCAAAUUUGGCCUUGUUUUUCGGAGGUGAGGACAACCUACCUUUAUUUCUGGCUCGUCAUACCUUACCAGGUCUUGGAGUUGUGGUUGAUCCAUGUGCAGCUGUAUUAAUUCUUCUUGUUACCGUACUCUUGUGCCUUGGAAUCAAGGAGAGUUCAAUGGCACAGUCCAUAGUGACAACAGUAAAUGUCUCUGUCAUGCUUUUCAUCAUUAUAACUGGUGGAUAUCUAGGUUUCAAGUCUGGAUGGGUUGGAUAUGAACUCCCUAAUGGGUAUUUUCCCUAUGGAGUGAAUGGGAUGUUUACUGGGUCUGCGAUAGUUUUCUUUUCAUACAUUGGAUUUGAUUCAGUGACCAGCACAGCUGAGGAGGUCAAAAAUCCUCAACGAGAUUUGCCACUUGGCAUAUCAACUGCAUUAGCUAUAUGUUGCAUUCUGUAUAUGCUUGUAUCAGCAGUUAUUGUUGGCUUAGUACCAUAUUACGAGUUGGACCCUGAUACCCCAAUCUCCUCAGCAUUUUCUAGCUAUGGGAUGGAAUGGGCAGUGUAUAUAAUAACAACUGGAGCUGUCACUGCUCUUUUUUCCAGUUUGUUGGGUUCAAUUCUUCCUCAGCCGCGAGUGUUUAUGGCAAUGGCUAGGGAUGGUUUGUUACCAUCUUUCUUCUCAGACAUCCAUAAAGGCACACAGAUUCCUUUGAAAAGCACUAUUGUCACCGGUGUCUUCGCAGCUGCUCUCGCAUUCUUUAUGAAUGUCUCCCAGUUAGCAGGGAUGGUUAGCGUGGGAACAUUGCUUGCAUUUACCACCGUUGCAGUUUCAGUUUUGAUAAUCAGAUAUGUUCCUCCUGAUGAGGUACCCAUUCCAUCUUCACUUCUAACAUCUGUUGAUCCAUCAGUGAGGCAUUCUGGUGAUGAUAUUGAGGAAGAUAGUGCCAUUAGUCCCACAGAUCCUCUGCUUGACAUGUCAGACUCUCUGCUUCGACAUCCUUUAAUCAUAAAAGAAAUAACCAAAGGUAAUUACUUGUUAAAUGAGAAAACUAGGCGGAAAAUUGCUGCAUGGACCAUAACCCUUCUGUGUAUUGGGAUUCUCAUGGUUGCCAGUGCAGCUUCAGCUGACAGGUGUCCCAGGAUUUUGCGUUUAACAUUGUACGGAGUGGGUGGAAUUAUUCUUUUGUGCAGUAUAAUUGUGCUGGCCUGCAUGAAGCAAGAUGAUACGAGGCACAGCUUUGGACACUCAGGAGGUUUUGUUUGCCCAUUUGUUCCAUUCUUACCUGCUCUCUGCAUUCUUAUAAACACCUACUUACUAAUUGAUCUUGGAGUUGAUACAUGGCUACGAGUUUCAGUAUGGUUGUUGAUAGGAGUACUUAUAUACUUGUUCUAUGGCCGCAAUCACAGCUCACUGUUAAAUGCAAUCUAUGUUCCUUCAGCACGUGCCAAUAAAAUCCUUCGCACUCAAGCAGAUAAUGUAUCAUAGUAUUUACACAGCAGGCAUCAGGGUUACCUCACUUCAGGUCCCUAUCUAUUGUAUAUAUUAAAGGUUUAGUGUGUGUCAUUUAAAAGGAUACAAAUUUUAUCCUUUUAGUGACUUACACAAAAUAUGACGAUUAUACUUUGUGUAAAUCAUCUAAAAGGACACAAGUUGUGUCCUUUUAAAUGAUACUUCUUUUUCCCAUAUAUUAAUACUAUCCAUUCGUUACUAAUUGCCACCUUACAUAUCUUACAUCAUUUUGUAAAUUUCCUAUU